GCACGUAGAAACAGACAACAAAUAUGGCGGACGACCACACUGAUGCGGACCAAAGCAUGGAAGGGCCAACACCAGUUGCAGAAAACCCACAUGCAGAAUAUGGUCUCACAGAAAACGUUCAGAGAAUAGCGGAAAAUGAGAAGUCCAAUGCAGAAAAGGUUUCAAAACAGAAAGUGGAUCUACAAGCUCUCCCCACAAGAGCGUAUUUGGAUCAGACAGUGGUGCCGAUACUUCUACAAGGGCUCUCUGUACUGGCCAAAGAAAGACCCCCGAAUCCCAUUGAGUUCUUAGCAGCGUAUCUCCUGAAGAACAAGUCACAGUUUGAAGAUCGGAACUAACUUUAACACUCAUCAGUGGACAUCCAUAGACACACCUCAUUUUAACACGGACAAAUGGUAUUCUUUGUUAGGCAUAUUGACUUGUUUUUAAAAGUCCUAAAUAAAGUAAUGUUGCAGAA